GGUGCGGCGCGGCUCUGACCUCGAGACGCUGCGCACCGGCCGGGGUCAGGUCCCUGUGGGCGCCUGGACGGGUAGGCAGACCCGCACGAACCACGGGGCCGCCUCUGAUUGGCGGACUGCCGGCGACGUGUAACGGGUGCGUUCGUCAUGGCCGCAUUGGUUUGAUUUUGCUUUAAAAUUUACUUCUUAGAAAAUGUCCAUGCAAGUUGGGAAUAAUUAUUCAACCAUGAUUAUUUAAGCUAUUUCUAAUUUACGUAAUAACGAUACCCAAUCAUCAUUUUUGAGUGAGCCGAGGCUCCAGUUUUAACACUCGCCGAACGCACCCUCUAUGCGGGUGCCCACGUGUUCGGUCGGGCCGGCGAGCGGCCGGGGUCAGGGCGGAGGUCAGAGGGGUCACGGCUCGCCGCACCAGCCGGAGGGUCACCAGCCGCGCAGUGCUUCCGCAGCAGUCACCCGCUCUCGAGAAGACCGACAUGAAAGCGUCGGUGCUGUCCCCUUUCGGCGCGAUGGCACUGCCGUGUCUGCUAGCGGCGCUACUGGUGGCUCGGCCGGCCGCCGGCCAGCUCCACGGCCGCUCCCCGCCGUGGUCGGUGCCCUGGGCGGCGCGGCCGGCCGCCGUGCCGCCCCCUCCGUCCGGCGCCGGUCUGCCCGUGCCCCUGGCCACCAUCGAGCCGCUGGGCCCGUUCGGUCCGUCCGCCCGCUCCGUCUCCGAGGGACGGGACGGCGCCGGGAGCGCCAGCGCGGCCCAGCAGGGCGGCUUCACACAGACGAGCGGACACAGAGACACAGCGCCCUUCUCGUCCAGCCAGCAGUCCUUCUCACCUAGCCAUCAGUCCUUCUCGCCUAGCCAUCAGUCCUUCUCGCCUAGCCAUCAGUCCUUCUCUCCAGGUUCUCAGUCCUUCUCUCCAGGUUCUCAGUCCUUCUCUCCAGGUUCUCAGUCGUUCUCUCCAGGUUCUCAGUCCUUCUCUCCCGCCCCUCAGCCGUUCUCUCCCACCCAUCAGUCAUUCUCCCAGAGCUCCUUCUCGCCGGUGCCUUCCUUCGUGCAGAAUCCCCCACACAUUGUCUCGGGCUCUUCGGGUUCUUUUCCCAAUCCUUCGUCUUUCAUUAUCUCUUCUCAGUCUGUUUCGCGCCCCUCUUCUCCCUUCUCCCCUCCUCCUCAAGGCGGCGUCUCUGGUUUUGGACCGUCGAGAGAUAAGGGCGUCCAUUCGACGCAGCAGUAUGAGGAGUGUCCAUACGGUAUGGUCUGCGUUGACGAGUACCUCUGCCCGCCGUACGGGCGGGUGGUGUCCAAAUCUGCCGCUCCCAGGGACUUCAGCAGCUUCAACCAGCCGCACAACGACAUCCAGCCGGGCGCGGACUCGUCUCUCGGCCACGCCGCCUCUCACGACUCCGGUCACCACGGCGGCGGCUGCGGCUACAACAGCGUCUGCUGCAAGAAAGAGUUCGUGCCGCCCCACCACCUUCACGGCAGGCCGGGCCACUGCCUGGGCCCCCACUGCCCGCCGCCGCACGCGGGGCCGUACCCCUCGGCCCACGGCGGCUACGGCGGGCACCACGGCGGCUACGGUAGCCACGGCUACGGCGGGUACGGCACCCACGCGCAGUACCAGCCGUACCCGGCCUACGCUACGGGGUACGGUCAGAGCGGGUACUACCCGAGCUACCCGCAGGGCUACGGAGGAGGGUACUCUGCCUACACCCCGUACCUCCCGUCGUACUCUUCAUAUCCUACGUACCCCUCGUAUCCCUCCUACCCCUCCUAUCCUCAGAUACCGUCCUACCCAGGAGCUUUGCCCUCCCCGGCAGCGCACGGGUUUGCUGAUCCGUUCUCGUCGCAAAGUCACGCAGCUCAGACGGACAGCAAGGGGUCCCCGACCAGUGAGGGAGACGGAGCCGGCCAGCGCUCGGCGCCCAGUUCCCGGACGGUGCGGAUGUUCCUGUAGGUCGGGCACCCCUGCAUAGUCGGCGUGGGGAGGGAAGGGGACUGAUGUGACUUGAUGCUGGUGAUUAUGUGAAUACAAAUGUGAAAUAUCUCA